GGUAUCCCUCAGCUUAAAGAUAAGAGACAUUCAAGAUGUCAACGAAGAACAUAUGGAGCUGGCCACCGAAAUGUUUCUUCGUUUCUACUGGAUCGACAGCCGGCUGAAGGCACCCAGCGAUCUGCAGCCCGGCCAGUGGUUCAACGUGCACCCGUCUGUGUUCGACAACAUGUGGAAGCCCAUCACGUUCGUGGAUCAUAUGAAGGAUCUGCGGAUAUACAAGCUCAUAUCUCCGGCCAGCAGUCUGCGGAUGCAGUACAACGGCUUCAUUCGCUACUCCGUCUUGCUCACUGUCACGAUUGUCUGCAAGAUGAGCUUCAGAGAUUACCCGUUUGACUCCCAGCACUGCGUGUUUCAUCUCGAGGACUAUUCGUACCGCACCGAGGAGGUCGUGUACGAGUGGGAAGCAGCCGGCGUGGAAGUCAGCCCUGACCUGACGCACGACCACUACGACAUUAAGGUGGAGGUGCUGAAGACGCAAAACUACAGCCAUCACACCAUGAGCUUCCCGGCGCUGGAGUUCCACGUGAACCUGCAGCGUCGGCUGAGCUUCCACCUGCUGCAGACGUUCAUCCCGUCGGCGCUGUUCGUGUGGGUGGGCUGGCUGAGCUUCCUGGUGCCGCCCGAGGUGGUGCCCGGCCGCAUGGUGCUCACCAUCACCACCCUGCUUACGCUCACGGCCAUGUUCAACGCCGUCAGGGCAGAGAGUCCGAAGGCCAGCUAUGCCAAAGCAGUCGACAUUUGGAUGGCAGGCUGCGUGCUUUUUGUUUUCAUCGCACUUUCGGAGUACGUCAUCGUGAUAAGGAUGAUGACCGUGGCCGAGAAGAACAGGAAGAAGCGCGCCGAGCGGGAGCCGACGACCGUCACGCACGUCCGUCCAAUCCGCAUCAACGGCGACAAGGUGGCGCCACACCCGCCUACCGACUCGCUCCUCCCGCCCAAGAAAGUUUGCGACGAUAUCGCCUGGGACGUGAUGGCUAAUCGCCUAGAGAGGCUCAUCCGGCUCGCGUAUCCCAUCUUAUAUCUCGGCUUCAACGUCAUCUUCUGGUGUGUCUACCUGUUCAAGGACAAUGCACACUAUCAGGAGGGUUAGACGGCGCGCCUUGAGCGCCGGUGAAACGAGCCAGGCGCGGCCGGUCCGUUGGUGGAGAGUUCUCGCGCGAUGUCGUGAUUAGGAUUUCCUGUUAUAAGGCACAAUCUUGACGAAAAGGCAGCGGCUGGAUACUUUAGUCUCGAAGUGGACGAAGGGCAGCCUUGUGAGCCCCAGUCCUCUUCACCACGGCUGAUACGUAAGAUGUGCCAGUGGUCGUCUGAAACACAAAGGAUGCACGGGUCUCGCCGACGAGUCAAGUUUAGCGGUGUUUGGUAAAACUGCCACUUGGCACGUGUUCGAUUUCUGAGUAGGCCGACUUAGCGUAUAUUAUGGGUGGCAAAGUGGGUUUUAUUUAUGUACUCAGAUCAUUUCCGUUUUGUGUAUCAUGCUCUGCUGUAUGACAUCAAACAAUAUGAAAGUCACUUACCGAACUGAGAUCGCGUGAAAACGCAUGACAAUCUGUUUCUCUUGGGUUGCAACCGAUGGUACGGGAUCGCAGGGUACGGGAGAUUUGCUGCAUUGGUCUCGGUACUACACGGGCACCCCAUUUACAGCCGAAACACCAGUAUGUCCGAAACUUGGCGAGCUGUCACCACUUACAGGAGGAACAGACACAGUUGGGCUGGUGUCCAUAUGAG